GCUGGUGGUCGAGAAAACGAGAGAGAGCUCACUCGAUUUUGAUGGAACACCAUCUCCAACUGAUAAGAACACAUAACCAACUCAUGAAUCUGAGACCCAAUUACCCAUUGUUAAAUUCAGUUUGCUCUCAGCUCAGACCCUUGUGUACUGUUGAAUUAUGUCCAACAAAGCCGAUUAAGAGUUCAAGAAUCAGUGUCGGGAGGGUUAGGGAUAAGGUCUCUGACGCUCAGCUCAAAGACAACUGGUUGGCAUCUCUCUCUUGCCCCUUUCCUCACAUCAGUGACGGUGAACAAGAUUCAAUCCCAACCAAUAGUUCGGAUUCCAGUUGGGUCUUUGGGAUCGACCCAGAUGUUUCUGGUGCCUUGGCGCUUUUGAAGGGCAAUCACUCUGCUUCUUCUGCCCAGGUAUAUGACUCCCCACACUUGAAAGUACUUGUUGGUAAAAGUGUUCGCAGACGUUUAGAUGCAAAAUCUAUCGUUCAGUUGCUUAGCAGUUUCGAUGCUCCCCUUGGUUCAACGGCAUACUUAGAGCAAUCAACGCCGUAUCCACAAGAUGGAAAGCAGGGUUGGUGGAGCGGAGGUUUUGGAUAUGGACUAUGGAUUGGAAUCUUAGUCGGCUUGGGUUUUUCCGUUGUUCCAGUGCCAUCUCUUCUGUGGAAGAAGAAUUUUGAACUCACUGGAAGCAUGUCAACAAAGGAUGAUAGCCGGAGGGUUGCAUCUGCAUUAUUUCCGUCUUUGAGUUCAGAGUUGAGAAGAAAAAAGGACCAUGGGAGGGCUGAAGCUCUACUCAUUGCUGCGUAUGGAAAAGGGCUAAAGUUGAAGUCAGAAUCAUGCAACCCGGAGGUGCUGAUGCCUUAGAAUUUGGUAGAUUGCAUUGGCAUAUUCUAAUUUAUCUCAGAUUCAGGACUUGUAUAAUCAGGUAUUAGAAUUGUUGUCCUAGAAGGUGGGGUUGCCAUUGUAAGUCGUAUACAAUUCUUUUAUUUUCUUCAUGGAAAAGUAGUUAAUAUAUGUGUAGGGUUGAGAGUUCUUACCUGAGAACGAAUACCAUUGUAAUUUUCUAAUCUCAUGCUGAAACCCUUAAUUUGCUUUA